GCCCUCAGCAGACUCAAGACCCUUUCAAGACACCUCAGGGAUACAACAGCUACAGCUUCUCUUCCUGGGCAGCACCAUGCGGUUCCUAUGGCUCUGUUGGGCACUCUGGGCACUAUUCCAGGUUAGCCCUGGAGAAGCCCUGACUGGAGAGCAGGUCCUGGGCAGCCUUCUGCAACAGCUGCGGCUUGAUCGACCGCCAGUCUUGGACAAGGCUGAUGUGGAGGGAAUGGUCAUCCCCUCGCAUGUGAGGGCCCAGUAUGUGGCCCUGCUCCAGCACAGCCAUGACAUCCGCUCCCGAGGCAAGAGGUUCAGCCAGAACUUUCGAGAAGUGGCAGGCAGGUUCCUGGUGUCAGAGACCUCCAGUCACCUGCUGGUGUUCGGCAUGGAGCAGCGGCUGCCGCCUAACAGUGAGCUGGUGCAGGCCGUGCUGCGGCUGUUCCAGGAGCCUGUGCCCAGAACAGCUCUCCGGAGGCAAAAGAGGCUGUCCCCACACAGCGCCCGGGCUCGGGUCACCAUUGAAUGGCUGCGCUUCCGCGAGGACGGCUCCAACCGCACCGCCCUUAUCGAUUCUAGGCUCGUGUCCAUCCACGAGAGCGGCUGGAAGGUCUUCGAUGUGACCGAGGCCGUGAACUUCUGGCAGCAGCUGAGCCGGCCGAGGCAGCCGCUGCUGCUCCAGGUGUCCGUGCAGAGGGAGCAUCUGGGACCAGGGACCUGGAGCGCACACAAGUUGGUCCGGUUCGCGGCGCAGGGGACGCCGGACGGCAAGGGGCAGGGCGAGCCACAGCUGGAGCUGCACACGCUGGACCUCAAGGACUAUGGGGCUCAAGGCAAUUGUGACCCCGAGACACCAGUGACUGAAGGCACCCGAUGCUGUCGCCAAGAGAUGUACCUGGACCUGCAGGGGAUGAAGUGGGCUGAGAACUGGAUUCUAGAACCCCCAGGAUUCCUGACUUACGAAUGUGUGGGCAGCUGCCUGCAGCCACCAGAGUCCCUGACCAUCAGGUGGCCAUUUCUGGGGCCUCGGCAGUGUGUGGCCUCAGAGAUGACUUCCUUGCCCCUGAUUGUCAGCAUAAAGGAGGACGGCAGGACCAGGCCUCAAGUGGUCAGCCUGCCCAACAUGAGGGUGCAGACGUGUAGCUGUGCCUCGGAUGGGGCGCUCAUACCCAGGAGGCUGGAGCCAUAGGCACAGGGCGUGGCCUCCCCAAGGACGUGACGUAAUAUAUGGGGAGAGAUGGGGAUUCUAAACCCCUAAGGGGCGAAUGCUCUGCGUGGUCCUCUGAACCAGCCCCAUCCCUAAAUUUUACCUUCAAGGAAUGUGACUCACUGGCCACUGGAGGCGCCACCUAGUGGUCUCUGUCCUUCAUAUUGUUUACUGCACUGUAUACGAAGCACUUAACCUGUAUAGAAACUGUAAACUAAGGACAGAAUCCCGAACUGCCAUUGCUCCCUUAAUCUGUCCCUGUAUCUGGGCUGAGCCCCAGUCUUGUCUCUGGACCUAAGACCCAAGUGUAUCAAACUAGGUAAUACCAGCUUUGCUAGAUGGGAAUAAAAUAUGCUUUGCUUUGU